AUGGCGCGCGACGGUCACGGAGGCUGGCUAGCCGUGCCGACGUACGAGCUGGCCGGCGGCCGGCCGGUCGUCGCUCGUCGAGCGCGCCUCGCCCUCUGCUGCCGCACCUGCUGCCCAGGCUGCGCGCUGGUCACCGGCCUUCUGCUCCUCGUCGUCUGUUUGCUCGCAGUGAUAUUUAUGCAGGCGUAUGUGGAAGCCUAUGUCAAUAAGAUGCUCGCAUUCAGUGAAGACUCGCCCACUUUCCAAUCGUGGAAGAAGUCGCCAAUACCGAUCAAACAAAACGUGUACUUUUUCAACCUCACCAACAAGGAGGAGUUCUUGAACGGCUUGGCCAAGCCAAGGGUGCAGCAGGUCGGGCCGUACGUCAUUGGCCAGAAGAAGGAGCGGCGCGAUAUCGCAUUCCACCCGAAUGGCACGUUAUCAGCGCGGCUUGUUACCAAGCUGUUCUUCAUCUGGGAGGACUCGGCCGGGUCCGAAACAGACCUCAUCACCACGAUCAACGUACCCAUGAUCCUGGCGGCGGAGAAGGCGCGCUUCCAGCCGCCCGUGAUGCGGCGGACCAUCUCCGCCACGUUGGAGGCGCUCGGGGAAACGCCCAUCAUCACCAAGUCGGUGCGCGAUCUGGUGUCCGGGUAUCCUGACCCGCUGCUCAAACUGGCCAAUGACAUGCAACCACCCCGCCAGAACAAGCGUUUCGAUAAAUUUGGCUUCUUCAUCAAGAAGAACAACUCUAUCGAGCAGCCGAUGCUCAUCAACACGGGCCAGUCGGAUUGGCGACGCAUCGGCGUGAUCGAGCGCUACGACGGCUCGCGCACGCUGCCCUUCUGGAACACCCGGCAGUGCAACAUGAUAAACGGCAGCGGCGGGAUAUAUCCGCCCGGCGCCCAUGAGGGCACCACCUUGUACGCUUUUGCUCGCCAGCUCUGUCGCAGCUUACCGCUGCUGUUCGAGAAGCAGGUGCUGCACAGCAAGGUGCGCACGCUGCGUUUUACGCCGCCUGAAGACGUGUUCGACAGCGUCGACACCAAGCCCGAGAACAUGUGCUACUGCGUCGGAGGUCCCCCAUGUGCGCCCAAGGGGCUCUUCAACACCUCGAUCUGCCAGAACGGAUCUCCAACGUUCAUAUCAUUCCCUCACUUCUACCUGGCCGACCCGUCCAUCCCUGCCAAGCUGGACGGCCUGCGACCCAGAAAAGAGGAGCACCAGUUCUUCAUGGACAUUGUGCCGCGCCUUGGUACCAUGAUGAAGGCCAAGAUACGCAUACAGAUGAAUUUCAAGAUCGGCCCGGUUCAGGACAUCUUGUACACACAGAGCUUCCCCGACAUGUACUACCCCGUUUUCUGGAUGGAGGGGGGUGUGGACCAGCUGCCAGCGGAGGCCAUCAAGAAAGUGCAGAGGAUAAUGACCAUUGUGAAGGAGGCGCGCACCAAAGUGACGCGUGUCACGUUAGUGCUCGGCUCGGCGCUCGCGCUGUACGGCGCUGCGGUGCUGCUGUCGCGCAUGCGACAGAAGCGGCGCGCCGAGAGUAACGACAAGCCGGAGGAGGUGGUCGAGGUGGCGGCGGCCCACGGCGGGGCGCCGACUAACGGUGCCGCCCCCGAGAAGGGCGUGCCGCAGUCUGUCUGA